AUGACGUCGCUACGGGAAGCCCUCGUCGCUGCUCUCAAGUCGCUUUUCAAGGGCAAGUCGUUUCUGAAAGCACUUCUCGCCUUCUGGACAACAACGCCCGUCACACCCCAGGAUGUCGGCACGACAACCAAAGUCAACGCCGAUCCUUUGGCCGACUUCCUGGCCGAGGCUGAGCACCUUCUCCUUGGGUACAUCGAGGCCGGCGGACUGAAGAAGUUCUCUCGGAAGCUGAAGCGCCAGUUCCGGGAGCGUCUGCGGUCGAAUCCCGCUUGCAUGCUGCCCUCAUACAACUCCCAACUACCUACCGGCAACGAGGCCGGCCAGUAUCUCUCUCUCGACGUGGGCGGGUCGACACUGCGCGUGGCGCUGGUGGAGCUCAAGGGGCGAAAGGCAUCGGGUUCGGACAGCGGCAUCAUCCGCAUGGAUUCGUUCAAGAUCGACAACGACGUCAGGAAUCUUAGAGGGACGGAGUUCUUUGACUGGAUGGCCGAGAGGAUACACCGCACUGUAGCCCAAGACAUCGGGAAGGGCCACGGCCCAGACCAUCCACUACUCGCCGGGUUAGCCUGGAGUUUCCCCAUUGAGCAAACAUCCUCAAAAGGAGGGAAAUUAUCUGGCAUGGGUAAGGGCUUCCUUGCGGAAGAAGGUCUCCUUGGGCAGGACCUGGGCGAGAUCAUCAAAACGGCGUGCCAGAAAAAGGGGCUGCACGUUGAGCUCUCGGCCAUCGUCAAUGACUCGAGCGCCGCACUGCUCUCGGAAGCAUACAUCACCCCGUCCACACGUUUCAGCCUCAUCCUCGGCACCGGUGUCAACAUCGCCGUCCACCUUCCCGUCACAACCAUCGACCAGGCCAAGUUCGGCGACCGGCCCAGCAGCUGGCACAAGAAAGCAAGCCACGUCAUCGUCAACACGGAGUUGGGCAUGUUCGGCCACGACAUCCUCCCGCUGACCAAGUGGGACAAGCUGCUGAAGGCCGCCCACCCGCGGCCCGAGUUCCAGCCGCUCGAGCACCUCGUGAGCGGGUACUACCUCGGCGAGAUCUGCCGCCUCGCGCUGCUCGACGCAAUCCCCGCGACGGGCGUCUUCGGCGGGACCGUGCCUCUCUCCCUGGAGAAGCCCUACUCCCUCGACACGGAGACGCUCUCCCUGAUCGAAGCAGACACAACCCCAACACUCUCCACAGCCCUAGCAACAUUUACCGCCCGCCACCCAACCCCGGGCUACCAGCCGACGACCGCGGACCUGUCCUUCCUGCGCACGCUGGCGUCGCACAUCGCGCGGCGCUCCGCGUCGGUCGUAGCCGCGUCGCUCUUCGCGCUGUGGGAACUCAAGGCCGAAGCGGAGCAGGACCUCCUGGCCAGCCUGGACGAGACGUCGUCGUCGUCGCCGUCGCCCUUCGUGGCCGAGACCGAGGCCGAGGUGCGCACGGUCGAGGGCAAGACGACGGUCGCGUUCAACGGCAGCGUCGUGGAGCAGUACCCGGGGUACCGGCAGUAUCUGCAGGGCUAUAUUGACGGGCUGCUUGCCGAGCGGCGGGAGGGCGAUGCUGCUGCUGCCAAGGCGGGGCAGAUUGCGCUGGUUGAGGCGCGCGAGAGUUCGUUGCGUGGUGCCGCAGUCGCGUUGGCUUGUUUAUCUUGA